GUUCUGUUUUUGCCUGACUGCCUGUUAUUCAUUCCAUUAAGAUAAGACAUUAUGGCAGCCUGACUGCUACUUUUUGAACCGGUUACAUUUCUGUGAACGCAUGCGCAGUACAAACGGCCUUCGAAGACGUGGCCGACAAACUUACACCCGCUAUCAGACUCUUGAAUUGGAAAAGGAGUUCCACACCAAUCACUAUCUAACCCGCCGGCGCAGAAUCGAAAUGGCGCAUGCCCUAUGCUUGACCGAAAGACAAAUUAAAAUUUGGUUCCAAAAUCGACGAAUGAAAUUGAAAAAGGAGAUACAAGCCAUCAAAGAACUGAACGAACAAGAGAAACAGGCACAGGCAGCUAAAGCAGCAGCGGCGGCGGCAGGACAUCAUUUAGGCGAAUAAAAUUAGGAAAAUGUUAUAAAUUAUUAUAAUUAUAGUACUCAAGAUAAUGGUAACAAUAGAGAAGAUAAUAAAUGCAAUAAUAAUAAUUGUGUGUACAGACGACCAGGUGUAUACGCAAUAACAACAGCAGAAUCUAUUUUCAAUGAGACAACAUUACAAGCAAAAACAUCAAAUAGCCGUUCAUCAGAAUUUCCAAAUCAAAGGGUAGUGGUUAGACCAGAAAUAUUAGAUAAUGAGGUUUACACGUACGGCAGUGUAAAUAAAACUAAUCACGAUCACUUUCAUCAGCAAUUUCAUACUCAUCAACCAUUCUAUUUUCAUCCCGUUACCACCCAUGAUUAUCAUACAAACCCGUAUUCCGCCCAACAGCUUCAUAAUCUCCACCAGGAUUGGAGAGAAGUUACAAAUUCAUCUAGUCCCUCGACUGUUGCAACUCCUUCGACAGCGGUUACAGUAAGCUGUAUUAUUCCUACGAGAUAUCCAGAUAUAAAUAGUCUGGUGCCAGCAGCCUAUGUAAAAACAGAAACAAAUUUAGAUGAUCAUGAUUGUUUCCUAAAUAGAGAUUCUAUGAAUAAUUGAAUGAAUUAUAGGUAAAUGCCAUAAUAACAGGCAUAUGUUUGCUGACAAUUUCCACAUGAUUGAAAUAGUGUUGUUGUCAAUUAUAAACAUGAAAUUCAAAAAUGUUUGUACAAUCUAA